CACGGAAAGAAAAAUUAUUUUCAAAUGUUAACAGUGCGAACAUCUAUUUCAACUUAGCCCGCAUCAUUAUUUUAGGGUGUAAGAAUUUAGAGAAAUGUAUGUGUAAAUUAUUUUAGAGGAUUAUUUUGUUAAUUUAAUAUUGUUGUGAUGAACACACAAUAAUUUUUACACAAGCCUAUCCUGGCCACAGAUACGUCGGUUGCACUCUCACUCCGCCUUACAUAAUGGCUAUUGCAAAGUUACAUAUAUUAUUGUUUUGGUCGGGGCGGUGAGAAUGACAUGAGUAUAACCUAUAGCAUACAUGUCACGGGUAUACACAAGCGUAUAAUGGGAGACCAAUCAAUAUCCACACAAUCCAUUGUGCUACUCGAUCUAUUUAAAGCUACAACUGAUAAACAAAGUGAUUCAGAUCAAAACUGUCCUGAUCAAAGUUCGCAUCUGGGUCACAGGAAAUCUGGUGUGGUGUUGCAUUUCUAUUUCAUUUCUGUGUUGCAAAACCUCAGUACGCGAACUGCUAUAUCAUAAGGUGGGUUUGUCUCUUGACAAUACAAGUGCAGAUUUUGGUGCAUUGGACAAUGGAAGAUUGGUCAUCCGUUUUGUUUGUCUUGAUUACGGUGUUCAUACUGGUUAUAACGUUUUGGCUUCUGGACCGUAUGUUUAUUGACAUUACGGGCAAAUAUGUCCUAAUUACUGGAUGCGACAGCGGUUUCGGAAAUUUACUCGCUCGCCGUCUUGACAACCGUCGAGGAUGUCACGUGAUUGCUGCUUGCUUAACUGAAGCUGGAAUGAGAGACCUUGGUAGUGUUACGUCAUCAAUGGUCACCACCAUCCUUAUGGACAUUGGAAGCAACGAAAGUAUUCUCAGUGCACAUGAUCAUGUUUUGAGUAUUAUACCUAGGGGAAAAGGUCUAUGGGGAUUAGUCAACAACGCCGGGAUCAUAUCUGCGAUGGGUCUCCCCCACUGGCACUCAAGACAGGAAGUCAGUCACGUGAUGGAGGUCAACCUCCUUGGCACUAUUGACGUCACCAAUACUUUCUUCCCGUUGGUCAGGGAGGCCAAGGGACGCGUGGUCAAUGUGUCCAGCGGGUUGGCGCUGUUUCCUACCGCCGGGAGCUAUUACGCUGUGUCCAAGGCCGGUGUUGAGGCCUAUUCGGAUUUUAUAAGGACAUCCAUGCAACUUUCUGGUGUUUCAGUGCACAUUAUAGAGCCUGGUUCGUGUAAAACGUCAUUCUUGAACCUGCAAACAACCAAAGACUCACUGAGAAGGCUCUGGAACAGGCUUCCCUUGGAGGAGCGCCAGGAUUUUGGGGGCGAGAUGGCCUAUAAAACACAAGGCUUGUUGGUGCUCGUAUGCGCUGCGGCUGCAGUAUUUGCAUGUCGGGUACUAGACCGCAUCCGUGUCGACAUCGGAGGCAAGCAUGUCUCCAUCACAGGCUGUGAAUCUGGAUUCGGCAACCUGUUCGCCCGCAACCUGGAUCGACGCUGGGGUACGUGAUCGAAGCUUGCCUUACAGAAGAGGGUGCGGUCAAGCUUAAACGUGUGACGUCAUCGAGGUAUACCACAUUGCAAUUUAGCUCCAUAAAUGUGGCCAAUUUACUGGACUACGAUCCGUUAAUAAAGGCCACACUUGGAACAUGGACUCGAAAAUGUAGAACUUUGUCAAAUUUGGAUGUAUUUUGAUGUUCACUUUUGGACUAUAUUUGUAGUUUAUUUACACUUAGAAGCAUACUCACCCUCUUUAUAGCCGUAGAAAAGUUUUUUAAACGUCUGUUUUUCGUGCAGUGAUUCCAUGGAAACUACUGAUUUAUUUACUUAAAUGGCUAACAAAACCUACGGAGAAAGUGCACAACCCCAGUUUUGGUGCAAAUGUCGAAGUCUCAUCUUGUCAAUCGAUUUCACCAAUAUCGUUACUUUUAAUUUUCGUAAUGUUUUCUGUCGCUCGAGGGCGCUUUUGUAAUGUACCAUGCAGAGCCGUUUACAGAGAGAGUUGCAACAACUUCAGACUGUUGAACCAUAAUGGCCGUUCAUUAUCUGUACAAUGCAGCGUGCAACUAUUGUGUACGAAUUCCAUAUGUGCACUGAUGCAUAAUCCGCCAUUUUGGUUCCAAACAGUGUGACCCUUAUAUGUGUCGCAACUCUCUCUAUAUACGGCUCUGGUACCAUGACUCGACAAUCUUGUUUUUCUGUAUAUUUUUUUCUGUUUAUUUCUUUUUCUAUAAAAUGUGUAUAUUGUUAUAAUCAUUGGAUCGAACACGUCGCAAAAAAAAUGAUGCACAAAUCAAGGUUAAUGCAUUUGUCAAGGAACUUACCAUGUCAACCAUAUCAAUCAAAGCAAUGUACAACACUACUUAGUUCGGAAUUCAUUUCAGUAUUUGAAAUUUGAUAUUGACAUAGGUUUGUAUAAUUCCAAAUGUGAGUAUCGUUUAUUUGAUAUUGGAUCAAAUGUUUGAUCAUCGAAUAUGAACUUUUCAUAUUCCAAUACACUUUGCGAAUGUCAGUGCUUUCAUCUUCAGAAAUACUUUGAACAUCAACGUGAGCGCAGUCGUCUUCCCAUUGUUUUGUACAAACGUGUUUUCGUAUUUCCGUAGACACUCCGGCGAAAAUAAUUUAGUUUGAUGUUUUAUAAUUGAUAGUCGAUAGCCUCUGAUGCCAUUUGCCACCACCCGAUGAUUGUUUUUUUUUUAGGAAAAUUGUUUUUGGCCGAAAAACUGACAUAAUUAUAUGGGAAUUGGUUUUGGAAAAGUUUUGAAACAUUUAAAUUUAUAAUGAGGCCUACAUGUUGCGACACGAUUAUUCGGAUAAACAUCGCUUCCGGGACGGGAAGCGUUCCACUAUGUUUUACAUUGUUCACUUGAUCUUUGCAUCAGUAACUGGCUAACCCGAUCCCAGUCCUAUCGUUCUCUUGACAUCAGUCCAUGUGGUCUGAAUUGGGCCUUUUUGGGGUGAUAAUUACAGACGAAAGAAUAAAUCCAGACUAAACUCUGACUAAUAAUGUGACGUGGACAACCUUUACUUGGUUGACCUUCGAUAGAGUUAGUAUAGAUACACGAGAAUCGAUAUUGAUUUUUAGACAAAACCCUGUCCAUCACGUCUAAACCACACGCUGUACGCUUUUGUAUCAAGUCCACUGUUUUUAU